UCUAACAACUACCUCUUUCCUUGUAGUUUACUGAAGAAAAGUUGGGCCAGGCUGAGAAGACUGAACUAGAUGCCCACUUUGAAAACCUUCUGGCCAGAGCAGACUCCACAAAAAACUGGACAGAGAAGAUCUUGCGUCAGACUGAAGUUCUGCUACAGCCAAACCCUAGUGCCAGAGUAGAAGAAUUCCUCUAUGAGAAGCUUGACCGGAAGGUGCCUUCCCGGGUCACCAACGGGGAGCUGCUGGCACAGUACAUGACAGAAGCAGCUAAUGACUUUGGGCCAGGGACACCUUAUGGGAAGACCUUGAUAAAAGUUGGAGAGACUCAAAGGCGCUUAGGUGCAGCAGAACGGGACUUCAUCCACUCUGCCUCCAUCAACUUCCUGACCCCGCUGCGCAACUUCCUGGAAGGGGAUUGGCGAACCAUAUCUAAAGAGCGGAGGAUCCUGCAGAACCGCCGCCUGGACCUGGAUGCCUGCAAAGCCAGGUUGAAGAAAGCCAAAGCUGCGGAGGCAAAAGCAGCGUGUGAGGGAGAUGCUGUGCCUGACUUUCAGGAGACUAGACCUCGUAAUUACGUUCUCUCCGCCAGCGCAUCAGCGCUUUGGAGCGACGAGGUGGAAAAAGCAGAACACGAGCUGAGGCUCACGCAGACCGAGUUUGAUCGGCAGGCAGAGGUGACGCGUCUGCUGCUGGAGGGGAUCAGCAGCACACAUGUGAAUCAUCUUCGCUGUCUCCACGAGUUUGUGGAGUCUCAGACCAACUACUAUGCUCAGUGUUACCAAUACAUGCUGGACCUGCAGAAGCAACUGGGCAGCUCCAAAGGAGAAAUAUUUUCAGGCACAUUUGUAGGCAACGCAGAAUCCACAUCUCCCGCAGCUGGUACCUCUCCUCCAGCUGUUGCUGCUGCCACACUCCCUGCUGUGCCUACCAUUCCAGUUGUGCCCACGAUUGUUGGGGUGCCUAAUACCGUGGCAGAGAGCGUCCUGAACCCGAAUGAAGUCAAGCCUCCUGCCAGCGGGACACGGAAGGCCAGAGUCCUCUAUGAUUACGAAGCAGCUGACAGCACUGAGCUGGCACUUCUUGCAGAUGAGAUGAUCACUGUGUACAGCCUGCCAGGCAUGGAUCCAGACUGGCUCAUAGGAGAAAGAGGGAACCAGAAAGGGAAAGUUCCUGUCACUUACUUGGAACUGUUAAGCUAAAUGUCUCCAGGAAGAACGUAUGAGCAGAAUGCACCCCUCAUCUCCUGGCACUUCUAAUGCGGAUUUCUUCAUCCGAGACCAUUGCUCUCUUCAGGGUUGACACUCCAUUGCUAACAGGGGAAUUGUGGGAAAGCAGUAGUAAAACCAUGACAGCGAGGUUUUGGGAAAGAGCUGAUGGCACCAAGACUGAAUUUGUUAACUACCCGUGCAGCCUGCUUUGAGGUUAGUCUUGAUGGCGCAAGAUUCCUUGAUUACUUUUUUCCUACCCUACCCUAGUCUUGUUCAUAGCAGCAGCUUUCCCAGGGCCAGCGAGCCAUCUCCCACAGCAGCUGCUCACAGAGUUUGAGUUACACUUCCCUUGUGUCUGGUGUGGGUUAGUGCCUGUCCGCCCCUCCCGUCCUCUCUCUCCUUCAGCAGUAGAAUUGCCUAAGUCAAACCAUUAAGCAUUCCUGUGGGGCAGUGUCCCGCGCCAACCCUCUGACAUGUCUUAGCUCUUAAGGCAAGGAAACUGAAUUUAAGAAUUAAGAGCCUGUUAAACCCAUCCACCUUGCUCAGCUGUGGGAGAAGAGUAAUGCAAGGCUCUCCAAGAGCCAUGCUUGCUACCGUGGUGCCUGAUGGCUUCAAUCUAGAAUGGUCCUCAGAAGCUGGAAGGUUAAUUUCUUUGUGAAGACCCAGCAGGGCCUGUAUGUCAAAAAUCAAACCUCACUGCAAGGGACCAUGCAUCUUGCUUGCAUUUCCUCUGAGAAACUGCUCUUGGACUGCAAAGAGUUUACAAGCCUUUUUAUAAGCUUUGCUCCUUGUGUUAAUUGUCCAGGCUUUUCUUUCAGUGUGUCUGUUCCAGGCAUGUUUCAGCCUGACUUUAUUUUCACCCUAAAUCACUGAUUUAACUAAUGCUUCCCCUCCCCUCUCAGCAGUGAACAGACCUGGUGCAUCCCUGUACUGUAAGGGAUAGUCCCACUUGCUGUUAUCUCCAACCAUGAGCUAUUCUUGGCCACACACACACUAAACAAUCCCGGCUGCCCUUGAUGGAUGUGGUGGUUUAGCUCAAAGGGCGUGCUCAGGUGUGGAUGCCUUUUAAUCCCGUAACGAGCUUUUGAGCUAGAGCUCAACUAAAGGACUUCUGCUGCUGUGUAACUCGUUUCCCACUCAAGCUGGAUGGAAGAGAAACUCCCCUGCACCAAGCUCUCUGUUCACAACCUUCCCCUUGGUAUGUCAGAACAAACCUGGCUUGUUUAUUGAUCUUUUGCACUUUCCCCCAUGAUAUUGUGACCACUCUAAUGUAACAGGGCACUGAGCACCUGUGUAUGUAGGGCUCGUGGUUUUCAGCACUUAUUUGCCAAUAAACAAACUGCCUGAC